AUGACCCGGAGCAGCGAAGCGAACGCAAGUCUCAAUGAGCAAAGCUCGCGAAGCGUUGGAAGCCGCGGGAAACGACGUCGAAGCAGCUUUAGCUUGGAUAGCAAAGGACAUGGAAGCUUCUGGGCUAAGAAGGCCGCAAAGCUGGAGGGACGGACUGCAGAACAGGGCGUCAUUAGCACUGUAGUGCUUUCUGAUGGUUCUGUCCCAACUCAGGGCCUAAGAGCUGCCAUGAUAGAGCUUAAUUGCGAAACAGACUUUGUGGCACGUAAUAAGCUGUUCUACUCCCUGGCCAUUGACAUCGCGCACACUCUGGCAUUCUAUGCGGACAGCGUGCAAACGGUGUCGAAUCCCACCGCCAGGGAAGACAGCAUCAUGUUCCAUGUUCGGCCACGGGUUCUUGACGAUGGCCCUAUAAUUCCUCACCCCCUUGAUGAUUCGUCUAUCAUCCCAACUCAAAGUACCACCGUAUCAUCUUCUAUCCGGGACACGAUGACAAAGCUGGGAGAGAAGAUCUCAUUGAGGCGGGCUGCUGUGGUCACAUCACUUCCCACUCGUGGCUUGCGUCUCGGUUCGUUCACUCAUGGUACCGUUACACCAUUAUCAUCUCGAGCGCAGGCAGGGAGUAUCGCGUCUUUCGUAACUCUGGGCGUGACAGGACCACUACCGUUGCGAGGACAAACCGAACUCUCCCACGAGAAUGAAACAAAUCUCAAUGAACUGCUCGUAUCCAAGGAGUUUCUACAGGAUUUCUCCAAGUUGUCUCGCGCGGCAGCGCGCCAAGUUGUCGGAAUGGAGACUAGCUCAGUCAACCAAUCUGAACCCUUCGAAGGGACGGGAGGAACGGCUCUGUACGAUCAGGAGGCGUUAAUGUUCCAAAGACCGGACACAACUGUACGACACGUUCUUAGACAAUGGGCGGAUGCACGGGGCAUAUUGUUUCCGAAGUCCGUAGAAGUCAUGGAGUUAUUGAAAUGGAAGGUCGGAGAGAGAGACAUAGCAGAGCAGACAUAAAAUGGAUCGAUAUAAUCCUCGUUUUAUAAUGUUAACACAGCAUGUAAGAAUGUGCCAUUUGAGAUAACUGAGAUUGUC